CGUAUAGUGAUCGAUACAUGGUUUGUUUUGAGUUUUCCACGGAACUGGAGCUGAAAUUGAUAAUGCAGUGUAAUAAAUAAAUGGAACAUCAGUCUGAAAUGGGUGCUUACGGAGAGAAUCCUAAUGUGCAAAACAGUGGGAAUUAUAUAACAAUAAUUCCCGUUGAUUAUUCCAGACGUGGUUAUCCUAUGCAAGCUGAAUAUCAAUACAAUGAAUUCAGAUCACGCGAAGAAUACUACAGCGUGCAGAGCCAGAAACUGCAGGCAGAAGUGAACGCGCACCUUUACUCGGUCUCACAGAGGCUGCCCCACCUGACGUACAGUCCUCUGGGUCGACAUAGCGACUGGGACAAGCAUGAUCCGCACAAGCCAUUGCCAGACUCGAAAGAGAGUAAUAGCUCAGACUCCUUGGAGAAGAGUGUUAUGGGAUCGAACCUCAGUAGUUGUUCCAAUCAGACUGGAUCCAGUAGCAUCGCCGCCGGUUCUUUCAGCACCACAGAGCCGAUCACAAGCGGUGGCAGCACAUCUAGCGCUAUAUCACCCCCUUUACCUGGAUCAUCAGUCAGCACGGCAUCUUCGUCCAGCGUAACGUCGAACCCAGUGACAUGCGUGUAUCUCAUGUCUCGGACCGCUAUCAUGGUAGAGAUGAGUUCAGAGGAAGUACCUACCUGUGUAACUGCGACUAGGUUUCUUAACGCAAUACUGGCGACUGAAGAGUUGGGUCUGACGCAGCCCAGUACGAGAAGUUUGGGUGCAAAUGUGUUCGCGCUCUGGAUGUGUAGCCCGUUGUUAGAGAUCCAGCUAAAACCACACCACUGCCCCUGGAAGAUUUGGGCCAGUUGGCAGAAAUUACUUCAGCGAUACGGCCACGGCUCGGAGACUAGGAAAGCGCGCGAUCAGCCAAUUCUCAGGCUACAGAGAAACGUGUUUUUCCCUAAACACUUGGAGGAGGGCAUCAAAGAUUCUCGUAUACAAGAGCUAUUGUACGAAGAAGCUCGUCACAACGUUGUGACAGGUCGGUAUCCGUUGGAGAGUGCGCAAGCGGUGAUGCUGGGUGGCCUGCAAGCCAGGAUACAGCUGGGUCCGUACGAUCCACACAGGCACACCGCAAAGUUCUUUAGAGAGCACCAAGACAAAUACCUACCUCAGCACGCUCGUUCCGGGCGUUGGGCCCAACUGCUUCCCGCCGGGAGGAAAGGGAGUCCCGAAGCAAAGCUUCUGGAACAAGCACAGCGACCUCCCGCUGCCCCACCAAGGAAACUGAGGCACAAAUACCUCGCGCAUAUCAGGACACAUGCCACGUACGGGGCAGCAUUCUUCCAGGGUCAGAUAGAGCAGCCGGUGCGCAGUCUCACCAGUCUGCUGACCCACGAGGACAUACCGGUGCUGGUGGCAGUUAAUGCUAAUGGCGUUUAUGUCAUCGACGAUACUGAGAGCACUGUGCUCCUGGGGUUGCUUUACGAAGAGUUGUCAUGGGAUAUCGGCUUGCCUUCUGACGAUAAUGAAGACUGUUUGCCCUGCCUCUUCCUGCAGUUCAUGGUUGUCGAGAACGGACUGAGAGUAUCGAAGAUAUUACAGGUAUUCUCCAAGCAGGCCAUAAUGAUGGACACACUGAUCGAGCACUUCGCGGGCGAGUACCGCAAGCGACUAGGACAAGAAACACCCAGCGAACACAACAACUACGACUACCAUUCAGAUUCAGGUAGCAUAUCUCUGCCGCCGCUCUCCCGGCCGGACUCGCCGCAGCGGCGUCUGGCGAACAAACUGUCCAGACUCGCUCUCGCCACUCACGACGGGCGCGGGCAUCUGCUCGGCGGCGCAGGGGACUGGAGUGCUGACCUUACUAGACCACAGCCUUCUUGGCUACUACCUAAACAUUAAUUCAAUAAAUAAACCUAAGC